ACGCCGGUAGCACAGAGGGUCGGAAAACGCGUAUGAGCGGACUAUUUUCUGGGUUCUUCUUAUGUUCGCGGAGCGUUUGCUCGCGGAACAGCCGAGAGGACGCCUUUUGACGGUGGUGUAAGCGCGACCAGCGAACCGUCGGAAGGCCGGACGCGAUCGUAACGUUCGUAACUGGCGCGACGCGUAUCAGUCGGUCGGGUGAUCGUUGAACUAUUCGGCUGUGCGACGAGAGGACGGCGCUUAACCGCAGGUUCACCGAACUUCGCGCAUCUGACGAGGCACAUAGACGUUUCACGCCCCCGUCCGGGUCAUCGUGUGAGCCCCCCAGCAGGAACCACCAUGUCGUCUGGACCUUUGAUCGUUCUUUUGGCGGCGACCGCCUUGACCGAUGCCGCCUCGAUCGGGCAUGCCAGCGUCAAGGCCAUGGACUGCGAUAGCAAAAUCUAUUGUACCGGGGACUUGCUGAAGACCAUACAGCUGGCCGAAAUCUUUCCAGACAGCAAGACAUUCGUCGAUCUUCAUCAGUUACACGAUCCUGAUAUCACUCUUGCCAACUUCUACGCCCUGAUGAAUGCAACGAAUAAUGCACCUAAUCGGACGCAACUGACGCGGUACGUGAACGAAAAUUUCGCGUCGUCGAACGAGUUGUUUAAUUGGACGCUGCCGGAUUGGACGGAGGAGCCUUCGAUCUUGCAGCGGAUCCAGGACCCGAAAUAUCGCGAAUGGGUGAAGGAUCUGAACAGGAUCUGGAAAGAACUGGCGAAGAAGAUGAACGACGACGUGGCGAAGUACCCGGAGAGACACAGCUUGAUCUACGUGGAGAACGGUUUCAUCGUCCCUGGUGGACGAUUCAAAGAGUUCUAUUACUGGGAUAGUUACUGGGUGAUUGAAGGCCUGUUAUUAUCCGACAUGUAUCAAACUGCCAGGGGAAUGAUAGACAAUUUUCUGUACAUGGUGGAAAAAUAUGGAUUCAUACCCAACGGUGGCAGAAUUUAUUACCUCAUGAGAAGCCAACCACCCCUAUUACAUCUUAUGGUCUCAAAAUACUUGCAUUACACGAAUGACUUGGAUUAUCUUCGUACCAUUAUACCGACGCUGGAGAAGGAGUUUGCGUUCUGGCAGAAAGAGAGGAUGAUAAACGUGCACAAAAAUGGAAAGACGUACAAGAUGGCGCACUACGUUGUCAGCAGCGCGAGGCCUCGACCGGAGAGUUACAAGGAGGACUAUCAGUUGGCGCAACAAUUACCUGAGAAGUCGCGGAAUUUCUUUUACAACAAUAUAAAAGCUGGCGCCGAAAGCGGUUGGGACUUCUCCAACAGGUGGUGCGUGGGAAGUAACGAAAACGGAAUGCUCAGUUUACUGAAUAUAUCCACUCAGUAUAUUAUACCCGUCGAACUUAAUGCGAUUUUACAACAAAAUGCCGCGCUUCUCAGCAAGUUUCACGGAUUUCUGGGAAACAGCGUGAAAUCUCAGUAUUUUACGAAGAUAGCUAAGCAACUUCAGCUUGGAAUCGACAACGUCCUGUGGAACGAAAAGGAGGGUAUAUGGCUCGACUACGAUAUAAAAAAUAACCGUGCCAGGAAUACAUUCUAUCCAUCGAAUCUUGCGCCGCUUUACACGAGAAGCUACAAUCCACAAAAGCGCGAGAAGUACGCGUUGUCUGCCGUGAAGUAUCUAAAACUGCAAACCAUCGACAGUUUCUUCGGUGGUACACCGACGUCCCUAAAUUACACGGGAGAACAGUGGGAUUUCCCGAACGCGUGGCCGCCAUUGCAGUCGUUUAUCGUGAUGGGUCUUUACUGGACCAGAGUCACAGAAGCUAUGGACUUCGCCAGAGAAUUGGCGUCCAGAUGGCUGAGUUCUAAUUACAUCGGUUACAUCGAGACUGGACAAAUGUUCGAAAAGUACGACUCUAGUAUUCCUGGCCAAGGUGGUGGGGGCGGAGAGUACAACGUUCAAACGGGUUUCGGCUGGACGAACGGCGUGGUCCUCGAGUUCCUCGACACUUUCUCGAUGAUCCAGGCGAGGGCGGUAUCAUACGAGAAUGACACGAACAACACGGUUGUCGUACAAUAACAGGUUUUAUCGAUGACAAUGCAACGCGUAUUUUCCAACGAAUCUAGUCUAUACGAAAAAACAGGGCAGCGCGUUUAAUAGAACCACCAUUAUAUUCGUUGAAAAUCGCUUAAUAUUUUAAGAGAAUCGUUAUGUCUUGAAAUACUCACAUGAAAAUUGUGAUUAUUUCUUCGGUGAGCCGCAAUUCUUGUCUGUGUUAACGAUAGGUACUAAAAUUAGGAAACGGGUUUUGAUGUAGCAAUUUAUUACAAAAAAAGCUACGCAAAAUGUUCAGACGUCAGUUCCAAAUUUAAUAUGAAAUAAUGACUUUUGGAACGCUCUGUAGAGUGAUAUAACGUUUACUAGUGAUUUAUGCUUUAUAAAAGACGUCAGUAUUUUGUAAUAUUUAUCGAUUCGAGCUUCGUCUGUUUCUACUAACAUUUCUAUCGUAUACGAUUCGCGGUUGUUCGUAAUUUCAAUAGAAUUAUUGGACGUUCGAGUACUUGUUUGGCACAGUCGAGGAAUAAUCUGCAUCAGGGUGUGAACUUCGAACGAUGUCAACGACGUCAACGACGUCUCGCCAAUCGUAUUUUUUUAGUCGAGCUUAACAAACGAUACGUCGUCUAUGAAAUACGAACACAAAGUAUAAUUGCGUGUAACUCGUCAGUAUUCUAAUUUAAUGCUAGUUGUAAACGGUAAGUUAGUGCGAUUAGAAGGCUGGCAUGCGUUUUCUAUCGUUUCGCGUGGAGAAUGACGCUGGCGACAAAACUCCGACGUAUUACUGUAAGGUUACGUGUAUUUAAUUAGACACGCGUAUCCGGAAUAAACUUAACUGUAAAAAAAAUCGUGCAAAUUCAGCAACGUUGUGAUGUAACAAAUUUAGAAGGAAAUGUUUCAAACAAAAAAAAAAAAAGAUGAUUAUAUUUUUAAUACGCUGUUAAAUCGAAUUGUUACGUGGAACGAACGCAACAACGAAACCACACGUGUAUGACAAUAAAUUAAAGUGUGUUUUACCAUA